AUGUUUGCAUCUGUGGUUCUACUUUUGGCUGCCUUUUUGUUCUUCUUGCUCCUUUUUCAGACCCACAGGACCAAAGAUUUCCCUCCAGGCCCUCAACCAAUACCCAUCUUUGGAAAUGUGCUGCAGCUCAAUCUGGAGAGCCCUAUUGCAGAUCUGGAGAGGCUGGCCAAGCGCUAUGGUAACGUAUACAGCAUUUUCCUUGGAUCCAGGCCAGCAGUCGUCAUCAAUGGACUGCAGGCCUUCAAAGAAGCCCUGGUCAACAAAGCGGCUGACUUCUCUGGCAGACCACAAGACCUAAUGGUUAAUCAUGCUGUACAAGUCAAAGGUACAGAUCAAGUGAUUCUAGCAGAUUAUAACCCUGGCUGGAGACAGCAACGACGUUUUGGUAUCAUGACCCUGAGAAACUUUGGUAUGGGGAAGCAGUCGAUGGAGCAGAUAAUUCUGGGCGAGAUACAUCGUAUCAUACAGCAAUUUGAGCAGAGUGUUGGUAACACCAUUAAUCCCCACCGGCUGUUCCACAAUGCAGCCUCCAACAUCAUCUGUCAAGUUCUGUUUGCUCGGCAGUUCGACUAUGAGGAUGAGUUCAUAAAGUUUUUUGUUGACCUUUUUCAGGAAACUUCCAAAAUAAUUAAUGGGCGCUGGGGUAUGAUUUAUGACUCUAUUCCUUUUGUGCGUAACCUGCCGCUGCCAUUCCAGAAAGCCUUUAAGAUGUUCAAGAUUUCACAUGAGAGACGUUUGGAGCUGUUGGCUGAGAACAAAAAGACCAGAGUUCCUGGUAAACCGAGGCAUUUCAUAGACUGCUACCUGGAUGAACUGGAUAAGGUAGGAGAUGAUGCCUCGUCAUUUUCUGAAGACCAGCUUUGUGCAUUUAUUUUGGAUCUUCACUUUGCUGGGACUGACACAACUGCCAACACCCUGCUCACUGCCUUCCUCUACCUAAUGAAUUAUCCACAGAUACAGGAGCGCUGUCAGCAGGAAAUAGACAAGGUUCUGGAUGGGAAGGAUGAAGCAUGUUUUGAAGACAGAAACCAGAUGCCCUAUGUGCAGGCCGUCCUUCAUGAGAUCCAGAGGAUAGCUAACACUGUACCUCUCGCUGUUUUCCACUGCACAACUAAAGACACAGAGUUAAUGGGAUACUCCAUACCCAGGGGAACUAUUAUCAUCCCCAACCUGACCUCAGUGCUGUAUGAGGAGGGACAGUGGAAAUCCCCUCAUGAAUUCAACCCUGAAAACUUCCUUAAUGACCAGGGAGAGUUUGUGAAGCCAGAGGCCUUCAUGCCUUUCUCUACAGGACCUCGUGUGUGUCUCGGAGAGGGUCUGGCUCGAAUGGAGCUCUUUCUCAUCCUGGUGACGCUGCUGAGGAGGUUCAAGUUCAUCUGGCCAGAAGAUGCAGGAGAGCCAGACUUUAUGCCCAUUUUUGGGACAACCCAGAGCCCCAAACCUUAUUGCAUGAAGGUCCAAGACAGAAGACAGGGAGUAUUCUAAUACUGCAAUUGGCUUAUUGAAACUUGGACAAAAUUUAACUCUUCAGCAUAAAACCAGUUGAUUAAAGCUGCACUAAUCCAUAUGUCUGUAUGAACAAUAAACUACUAUGUCUAUGAAAGGGAUCACUUGAAGUGACAAACCCACAGAGGGUUUCCCCAACUCGGCAGUUCCCCUCAGCUCUACGCAGCUUUAUCAUGUCUUUCUACUCGUUAUUUUGUUUACACAGCCCACAACGUAACUGUUUGGUUCUGUCUCACUGCUCUCAUCCACCUAGUUUCCAGCAAAACAAACCUAAUAUUUGUGAUGAGCAUAGCAUUUAAAACCAUAUACAACUUGUUUCCACUGCCCCCAAGUGGCCAAAAAAAGGACAAAAGGAAUUUCUAUUCUCUGACCUUUAUUGAAUAAAACAAAUCUGCUAAUUGUAGUCACAGUGUCCUUUACAGUUUCAAAAUCAUACAGUAGUAUUAUAUUUUAUCAACUGAAACUUUAAACUCUGUAUUUCAAUGUUUCACUUUUUGUAUUACUUAAUGUU